UGCAGAGCGCGCUUCCAGCCGAACUCCACAUUUUUCUGCUAUCGAGGGCGUUGGCCUUUUGUUUAAACGCCCACCUCAGAGCCUGAACUCCGAGAGAACAGCUUGUCUGAAUCUCCAAGGCCCUCGAGAGGGCGGUUUCCCUUGGACGGGGCAGGCGAAGAGGACGGGGGGCUCGGCUGCAGAAGUCUCUCCCACCCCACCCGUCGUCCCACUGCCGCCUGGGGCUUAAGGCACGGGACACCGAAAUAGUUUCAGGCGGGAGCUAUGCGGGGCAGGCGGCGUCCCUAGAACGAAGUCGCAGUCAGGCAGGACUCUUAUGCUGUACCCGUGGCCCGGCCCUCUCUUGGCAGGGAACCGCCGCCUUCGCCUCUCCCCUCCCCUCUCCUCUCCAGUCCCACUUGAGCGCGCUCGGCGGGCGCCCCCUUCGUCGCGCGGGAGGGACAGGAAAAGAGGCAGAGCCUCCCUGGGCCCGGAGGAGGAGGAGGAGGGCUGCAUCCGAAGAAGAGUGCCCCACGAUGGGAGAAGGAGUCGCCCCGGCGGCGGAAAGAGUUGUGAACAUGUUGAGCACUGGAAAAGAACAAGCAGAGGAUGCAUCAUGAUCUCCAGACUCACUGUCACAAAAAGCUGGUAUCUUUCACAUUAAUGGAAGAGUUGAAUUGUUUAAGCACACUACAUGCUUUUUGCUUCUACAUGGCAUCUGAAACUCAAUACAGCAAAUCAAGAGAAAACAAUUCCUUCUUUUUUUCUUCAAGUGGGCUGAAGUUCUACAAUUCUACCUCUAACAUUUGUUUAGACUGAGAGAAGGGGAGCAAUUUUUCAUCAGUACGGUACUUUUUGUGUGGGAGAUAACUUUUCAGUAUCUCAAUAAAUAAUGAAAUGUAAUCAGUGUGCCAUAAAUUAGCCUUGCACAUUUCACUGGUUAAGUUAAAUUUCUCACAGACAGCAGCUAACUUACAGUUGACAAUGGAUUACUUUCCCCCCAUUGUAAGAUUAUUUUCUUAGUUAACAGAAUCAGUCUUAGCUCAGUUUAUAGUGCAGCCAAUUAAAAUUCUCAUUAUGGCAGUAACCUAUAGACGUGUAAUAACAACAGUGAAUUGUUAUAGCAGUGUUGUGAUAGAUCGUCGACUUCAACAUGCUGUGCAUUACUGUACGGGGGCAUGUCAGGUAUUUAAGCAAGGAGUUGCAUGCAUAGUGGCCCACCACAGUGUUUGUGCAGAGCUAAUUAAAGUCCCUGCACACAACCUUAGAGGUUCAGAUUUGACCCACAGACUUUCAAUGCCUGAAAAUUCCCUUUCUUUGGCUGGGGAUGAAGAUUAUCAUCAAAUCCUUCCUAGUAACCCAAGGCUCAAAAAGGGGUCUUCAGUUCAAAACACUGCAAGUCUGAAAGAUAUCACUGGAGAAGCCAUAAAUCUCGCUAGUGGGAAAAUAAAAGAAUUUUCAUUUGAAAAACUCAGAAAUUCUUCCAACCAAGUAACCUAUAGAAAGGGAAGAAAAGUUAAGUCAGACCCAUUCAGUAGAAGGUCACUAGAUUUUGACUUGAUCUAUGGCCAUUUCAGCAAUGAUGAAAAUUCCCCUCAUCCCUUUGGCCUGUCACAUAAUUCCUCAACAGAUGAGAAAUGGCAGGUCAGCAGCACCUCAGUAGAGGGAAAUGUGAAUUCUACAGUUUCCUUACCAAUGCAGACUCUCUAUGAGGAUAGCUUUCUUGCACAGAUUUUGGAAAAGCACAAGCUGGAUGGUUCUAGUGGAGAUAUUAAGAUGUGCUUGGACAUCUUGCUCAAAUGCUCUGAGGACUUGAAGAAGUGUACUGAUAUAAUAAAGCAAUGUAUCAGGAAGAAAUCUUCAGGGAGUGCCAGUGGAGAAAGUGGCAAUGAUUCCUUAGCCAAUUCUGAAAUGAUAUAUAUGAAUUUAAUGUCAAGAUUUUCUUCUUAUAUUAAAAAACUGCCUUUUGAAUUUAGACAGUCUGGGCUAACUGAGCCUGGUGACAUGGUAGAACUAAUUAAUAGCCUAUCUGCUUUGCAGCAGUCUAAUUUUCCUCCAGUAUUUGGCAAUGAACAGCCACCUAGAUACGAAGAUGUUGUGUCCUCCCCAUCCUUUGUGCCAAGGCAAUCUCUCACUUCAAACUUACGAGGUAACCAGAACAGCACUGACACAAACUCCUCAGCAAAACCUACCCACACUCCAAUAGAGAUUUCUUCAAAAGUUUUGCAGGAAAACUUAGAAUCUACAAAUGAUGCUUCUGCGCUACCUCAGUUACUAUCUGUAAACCCGUCAGACUGCAUUUCUCCCACAGAAACUCUGUACAUUAUGGAAGAAUCGGAUAGAGAAAAGGCAUUGGGCAGCGUAUCAAGUGUUAAGAGGAGAGGAAGACGGGUUAAUUCAGACAGCAAUGAGCAGAAAACAGAAAGGGCAGACUCUGCUGGAAAUUCAACUAAAACAUCACCUACUUUAUUUCAACCUGUAAUGCUGCCCCAAACCUCCACCCAAGCAACCUCAGACACUCAAGGAUUGGAUUGUACUGUUCAGAUUUCUAAAGGUGAAUCCAGAAAAAAUAAUCAAGAGGAGAUAGACAAACUUCUCCUGGAUUUGGAACAUUUUUCACAGAAAAUGGAGAUUACUCUGAGAGAGACUACCACUAAGACUAAUCCUGCAUGUUUGAAGCAUAUUAGCCAACCUUUGACUCUGGAAAAUAAAGACAAAGUCUGUUCACCUAUAGACAAAAGUCCUUCUCCCUCUUUAUCAAAACUCAUGGAAACCAAUGGUCAUAAAAUGGAGGAUGAAGACAAAACCCUUUUAUUGCGAAUUCUGGAGAGUAUUGAAGACUUUGCCCAGGAACUAGUAGAAUUCCAAAUGGGCAAAGGAAGCUUAUCAAAAGAGAAGGAAGUGAUGCACAUUCUUCAGGAAACUUUGGCCACUCCCUCCAUCACAGCUGCUCAGCAAAGCUACAUAGGUACAUCUGCCAAAGAGCCUGUCCCAGCACUUAUUCAACAGAUGCCAGAGGUUAUAAAGGUCCAAAAUAAGCAGGAGAAGAAACCUGUGACUACAUCCCCAGUGCCUGCAAUUUCAGCAGUCAGCUCACAGGCACUUCUGCCUGCGAAUAAAGUAACUGUUGGUACUCCCUUGUCCAUAAACAUUCCACGUUUCUACUUCCCCAACGGACUUCCUAAUGUCUGCAGUAGUCAUGAGGAGACCAUUGCCAAGGUUGAGGCAACCUUUUCUGAGUUUGAAGAUGAGAGAGUUCCGCUUAAUGAAAUGGGGAAAAUUGCAAAGAUAUGCUGCUGCCCUCUGUACUGGAAAGCUCCCAUGUUCAAUGCAUCAGGGGGUGAGCGGACAGGAUUUGUAUCUGUACAUUCAUUUGUGGCCAUGUGGAGAAAGAUACUACACAACUGCCAUGAUGAUGCAUCAAAAUUCAUUUGCCUUUUAGCAAAACCCAGCAGCAACUAUUUGGAACAAGAAGAUUUCAUCCCUUUACUGCAGGAUGUAGUCGAAACUCAUCCUGGACUGACAUUUCUGAAGGAUGCCCCAGAAUUCCAUUCCCGCUACAUUACUACGGUUAUUCAAAGAAUAUUCUAUACAGUCAAUAGAUCCUGGUCUGGGAAAAUAUCCCUAACAGAAUUGAGGAAAAGCAACUUUCUGCAGACCCUAGCUCUCUUGGAGGAAGAGGAUGACAUAAAUCAAAUCACUGAUUAUUUUUCCUAUGAGCACUUCUAUGUUAUUUACUGUAAAUUCUGGGAACUGGACACUGACCAUGAUCUCUACAUCAACCAGAAAGAUCUGGCUAGAUACAAUGAUCAAGCUCUGUCAAACAGGAUUAUAGAGAGAAUAUUCAGUGGAGCUGUGCUUAGAGGAAUUCAAGUGCACAAAGAAAACCACAUGAGCUAUGCAGACUUUGUAUGGCUUCUAAUUUCUGAAGAAGACAAAAGAAGUCCCACAAGUAUUGAAUACUGGUUCCGCUGCAUGGACUUGGAUGGGGAUGGCAUGCUCUCCAUGUAUGAACUGGAGUAUUUUUACGAGGAGCAGUGUGAGAGGAUGGAAUCCAUGGGCAUUGAGCCACUGCCAUUCCAUGACUUACUGUGCCAAAUGCUUGAUCUAGUGAAGCCAGAAUGUGAGGGAAGGGUAACUUUGCGAGACUUGAAAAGAUGCAGAAUGGCUCAUGUAUUUUACAACACAUUCUUUAACCUAGAAAAGUACUUGGACAAUGAACAGCGGGAUCCCUUUGCUGUGCAGAAGGAUGUUGAGAAUGAUGGUCCUGAACCCUCCGACUGGGACAGAUAUGCUGCUGAGGAGUACGAAAUUCUUGUUGCUGAAGAGUCUGGCAAUGAACAGUUACAAGAAGGAUCUUUUGAUGAUGACUAUGAAACAGAUGAACUCUUAUCACUACCUGAAAUUGAAGAAAAGUCAGACCACUUAGUUAUCUCAGAUCUAUCAACCUAAACAUAUUGAAGAAGUGUCUCCAAGGUCUGUUGAUAUUAAAUGGGAGAGUCCACAGUUCUUACAUUUCAGGAAUUACUUCAUUCUUUUCCUUGAGAAAAUAACCAACAUUUGAAACCAUAACACCAUAUUUUUUAAAAAUAAAUAAAUUACUUGCUUCUGCAGUUUGGUAACUUCCAGCAGUAUGGUAAUGUGUGUGGACAUGGGCUUCUGCAGGCAUAUUUAGAAACUGUAGAGAAGCUAGGAGGGCUACACUGUACAAUGAAACAUGGAAAGGGUUGAAAAGAGUCCAUGGUCAUAGAAAACCAAAGAAUUUAAAACAAGUUGAAGAAAUUAUUUCCUGCCUCAUGGAUUCUUUUCUCUUCUUUUUAUACUUAGAAAUUGAACCUUCAGCUUCCUUCUCACCUUGCUACAUAAUUGUGACAAAAACUACAUGUUUUUCUAGAAAUGUUUUCAGAUUACUCCACUGGAUAAUCAUCACAGGAAGAUUGUCAAUGAAUAGCCAGGAGGAGGGGUGUCCCAAGAGUUUAUUUAAAUCCAAUAUAAAGCUACUGGAUUUGUUUGUUUUUUAAAGUUUAUUCUAGAAAAAUCCAGGC